UUGAGAUCUGCCAUCUCUCUGUGAGCACCAACCCAAGCCAAGCAUGUCGAAGAAGCCCCGUUUCAUCGGAGGGUCAGAUUUGAAGGUUGCCGUCAUCGGAGAUGAGGUGGGUGGAGGAAGACAGACAGACAGCGCCCCAGCCACCCCUGUGGAGAGAUCUCAAACGUUUGUUCGCUGUUCAGGACACCGUGGUGGGCUUCUGUUUGGCUGGAGUCGGCGGCCGUGACGCCCAGGGCCGCUCCAACUUCCUCAUUGUCGAUAACAGUAACCACACGCACUGAAAGAGGCCCGGGAAUGCUCAGCUGUUGCCGUACUCGUCUGUCUUUCGCCGUAUUCCGCAGAGACCCGCAUGUCGGACAUCGAGAACGCGUUCCGUGAGUUCUGCGACCGCAAAGACAUCGGCGUCAUACUCAUCAACCAACACGUGGGAGAGGGAGGGAGUGGAGCGCCCGUGUGACGGAGACGGAUGCAUGGGUUGGAUGUGCGGUGCGAGUGUGGACUGGGUGUGUGUGUGUGCAGAUAGCCGAGCAGAUCCGGUACAUGGUGGACACUCACGAGAAGGUCAUCCCGACGGUGCUGGAGAUCCCCUCGAAGGACAAGCCUUACGAUGCCAGCAAGGUACGCACACCGCCCUCACCACACCCCACCACACCUGCAGCAAACACACACACACCCUCUGUGCUCCUUGUGCUUUAGGAUUCGGUCAUGUCGAGGGUCAAGGUGUUCUUCGGCGGCAACAUAGAGUGAGUGAUGGGACAGAGACGUACCGUACUGGGACCGCCGGAUGGUCUGUUGGGCUGUCACACGGCGACGCAGUCACACGAUGCUCGACACGUUUUUGGUGUGACGACUGCUAGCUAGGCUUAGCGAGAAGGGUGUCUGUCUGUCUGUCUGUCUAGAGCAUACUGUGUGUAUUAGGCGUGUGCUUACGUAGCAUGCAUAAGAUAACAUAACGAUGGGGUUGUUGGCGUUUCACGCACGACGCUGUGAUCAUCUCAAUGGAUGGCAAUGUGAAUUGAUUGCGAAUCA